CCCAUUUUCCCCAAAUCAACCAUAAUCACCACCUUGGUGAUUGUUACUUGCCCAAAUCCCUAAAACCCGAUAGAACCUAAUUUUAGGUUUCUAUCAUCAGGGAUGCCGUUGGUGGGAGAGAAGCUUACCACUGCCAACUAUAACAACUGGAGCCAGGCCAUGUUAAAUGCCUUGGGAGCCAAAAACAAGCUUGGAUUUGUCAAUGACACAAUCACACGUCCAGGAGAGAAUCACCAGAAU